CCAGAGGAAAUCUAAUACUGUAAGUUAUUUAAAUUUGUUUAAUGCAUUGUAAUAAUGCCAGGUACAUAGAACUGUAACAAUCCAAUUUGGGGGAGAAAGGAGAGGAAACACAACACCGUGAGAGCGAGCAUGGUGGCAAUUUCGCUAUACAGAGGGAAUCUUCACCGAGUACCAGACGUUCCUCGUCGAUGGCUUAUGCCAAACCCUAAAAUCUCCAUCAAAAACUUCAAAUCCCUUCUCGAUCGUCGUUCCAAGGCACUCUCUCGCCACCACCACCCCACCACCUCCAACCCUAACCCUAACCCUAACCCUCUCUCCAACCACGGCGAAGGCCCUUCCAACGCCGCCGUAAAAGAACAACAACAACAACAACAACAGCCGCAUCGCAAAGAAUCGGAACUCGUUGCUGGUAACUCCGACCAAAAACCGCUCAUCAAUUCCAAGAAUAAUGGCUUCGAGAAAGCAUCUAACGGCGCUGCCACUUCGAUCGAAAAACAAGCUGAGCUGCCGGUCACGGAUAAUGGGGGUAUGCUUACUGAUAAUAAGCAGAAAAGGAAAAGAGAAGUUGAGGACAAGUUACAAGUUUUGAAUGGAAAGAAACAUAACCUGGUGUUAGUGUUGAAGCAGAUUCUGAAUGCAGAGGAGGAAUUGAAGAGACGAAACAGUGUGCUGCAGCCAGGGGUUGCGAUGCGUGGCAUGUCUAUUCUGCCUCAACCGGAUGGAACCAAUGAUAAUGGUUCAAUGACCAGGCAUAUGACUACAAGGUCUGAGGGAAAUAUUGUUGGUGAUGUGGAUGGUGGAGGUGAAGCUGAUGAUUCUGCCAACCAUAAUGUGCAGUAUUCUCGGCAUGUGCUUCGGACAAGUAGCAUGUCGCCUUCUUCUGAGUCCCCUCUUAGGAGGACCCCUAACGUUCAACCGAAUGUGGUAAUGUUUCACACCCUGCUCGAGCAAGUUUGGGGGCCACUGUUAGUCCAUCGCGAUUUGCUCUUUCAGGACAUCAGGGGAAUCCCAUGAACCCACCUUCAGUGUCUGUAUCAGGAACUAGUUACAUUGCAUCAUCCCCUUCCCCAGCAGCAUCGGGUGGCACUUCUGUCUUCAGAGAUGCCCGGCAGCCAAGUCCAUGGAAGUAGAAGCUUUAUUCUCUCUUUUAACAAAUUGAUUUGUUAUCAUUCUCAAUUCUGAUCUGUAAUUGCUGUAUAUAAUUUUUCUAAACGAGCAAUGCUAGGAAGACCUUUUUGCCUGUGUACCUGGAAUUCUAUGUAUUUUUUUGCUUUUUAAGACGUUGGGGGGUACCUGGGAAUGCUCUGUAUUUAUUUUUUCUUUUCAGAUGUCAGGGGAAUUGCCUAGCAUGAUACCAAAGUGCCAAAUUCUUUUUUA